GGGAGCUUCAGCCAAGCUGAGUGAGGAAGUGACUGCAGCCCCACUUGGAAAGAAGCCUUGGUGUGAGAGACAGUGGGACCAGCAAGAGCAGAAACGGGGCCGUGGUUUCAAAGAAGGCAUGGCGGGACCUCAGUGUUGCACUGUCCUGGUGACAGGGGCAAACCGUGGCAUCGGCCUGGAAUUGGUGACACGAUUUCUUAAGCAACCAAAUCCCCCCAAGAUGGUGUUUGCAACGUGCCGUGACCCAGAAGGGCCGAAAGGACAGGAAUUGAGAAAUAUGGCUUCCAAGCACUCCAACCUGAAAAUUCUGCCACUUGAAGCCACGGAUCCAGCCAGUGUUGAGGCAGCUGCCAAGAAGGCUGAGGCCCACUUGGCAGGCUGCGGCCUGAACCUCCUCAUCAACAAUGCCGGUAUCAUGCCACCUUGUUCCCUGGAGUCAAUCACCGCUAAAGACAUGCUGGACGUCUACAACAUCAAUGCUGUUGGGCCAAUGUUAGUCACCAAGGCCUUCUUGCCUUUACUGAAGAAGGCGGCACAUGCAUCCCAGCAGAAAGGCAUGAGCUGUGGGAAAGCUGCCAUCGUCAAUAUGUCCACCAUCCUGGCAUCUAUUGAGAAGACCCCUGAAACCUAUUUCUUCAUGCCUGUGGUCUCCUAUCGCUGCAGUAAGGCUGCUCUGAACAUGCUCACCAAGUGCCAGUCAAUGGGUUACAAAGAUGAAGGGAUCUUAUGCACUGCGAUACAUCCUGGCUGGGUGAAAACUGAGCUGGGAAGUGAUAAGGCUGACAUUACCGUGGGGGAGAGCGUGAAUGGCAUAAUGAAAGUACUCGGCAACAUCUCCGAAAAACAGCACGGGGUCCUGGUCACUUGGGAAGGGAACAUUCUGCCGUGGUGAGAGCCCAGAGGGCAGCCGGAAGGACCAAAGAGGCAGCUGGCAACAUGCUUUGUGCUUCUGUAUGUUGCUGCAAUGAGGCUUUUAUAAAUAAAAUCUUGGUGAA